AUAUCGGAACUGUUCAUCUUCCAUCUUCCCACCUCCCGGCAAUUUGAUCUCUGCUCCGAAGUUUUCCUGUUCGAUCCCUGCAUUCGUCUGCGUCACUCUCUCUUCCCUCACCGAGCGAAGAGUCAAGGUCAACGAGAGAGAGAGAGAGAGAGUGUGGGCGAGCUGAGCGAUGGCGACGGAAGUUGCGAGCGGCCGCGGGAACAGCAAAAUUGGGAAGAGAGUCGGGUUGGUAUACGAUGAGAGGAUGUGCAAGCACCGCACGCCUGACGAAGAACCUCACCCCGAGAACCCCAACCGCAUCAGAGUCAUAUGGAACAAGCUCCACUCUGCCGGAAUUGCUCAAAGGUGUGUGGUUUUCAGUGCCAAAGAAGCAGAAGAUAAAUAUAUCCUCCCGGUUCAUGGCAAAGAUCACGUUAAUUUGAUCAGGAACGUGAGUUCCAAACAGUACGACUCACGAAGGAAAAGGAUCGCUGCGAGGUUGAAUUCAAUAUACCUGAAUGAAGGCUCAUCGGAAGCCGCUUAUCUUGCUGCUGGUUCCGUCAUAGACGUUGCUGAACGAGUUGCCAAAGGAGAAUUGAGUUCUGCUUUUGCCAUUGUUAGGCCUCCAGGGCAUCAUGCCGAACGAGAUGAAGCAAUGGGCUUUUGUCUCUACAACAAUGUGGCUAUAGCAACAAAUUACAUUCUAAAUGAAAGAUCUGAACUUGGUGUCAAGAAAAUUUUAAUUGUCGAUUGGGACAUUCACCAUGGUAAUGGCACUCAGAAGAUGUUCUGGAAAGACCCUCGUGUUCUGUUCUUCUCGGUCCAUAGGCAUGAAUUUGGGAGUUUCUACCCUGCCAAUGAUGAGGGUGAUUAUACCAUGAUUGGAGAAGGCCCUGGUGCUGGAUACAAUAUAAAUGUCCCUUGGGAGAAUGGUCGGUGUGGUGAUGCCGACUAUCUUGCUGUUUGGGACCAUAUGUUGAUGCCCGUUGCUAGGGAGUUCAAUCCUGAUAUGAUUAUGGUUUCUGCUGGAUUUGAUGCAGCUAUGGGUGAUCCACUAGGGGGCUGUCGAGUUACCCCUUAUGGAUACUCUGUGAUGUUGAAAAAGCUGAUGGAUUUUGCCAAGGGGAAGGUUGUGCUAGCGUUGGAAGGGGGAUACAAUCUCGCAUCAAUUGCAAAUUCAGCCCUUGCAUGCAUGGAAGUUCUGCUUGAUGACAAAGUAACUCCAGGUUCCACAGAAGCCUAUCCAUUUGAGUCUACAUGGCGAGUUAUACAAGCGGUUCGCCGCAAGUUAAAAUCUUUUUGGCCAACGCUCUCAGAGGAAUUGCCAACAAAAUUAAUGAGUCAGAUAACUCCUCUGCCACAGAUUGUUAUUUCUUCUGAUUCGGAGGGUGAGGAUGAAGAGGUUGCACAAAUUUUAUUGGACCGAUUUCCGGAAGUUCUCCAGGAUAUUAUACAACCCCUCUCAGCCCUGAAAGUUAAUGACAGCGAUAAUGUGCAAACUUCUUCCUCAUGGAGAUCGGAUUUUUCAAAAGUUGAUAUCUGGUAUGCCUCCUUCGGAUCAAAUAUGUGGAAACCAAGAUUUCUCUGUUACAUUGAAGGUGGACAGAUGGAAGGCAUGCAAAAGGAAUGCUCAGGUUCAAUGGACAAAAGCCCUCCGAAAGAAAUCCUGUGGAAGACCUAUGCUCAUCAACUGUUCUUUGGUCGCGAAUCCACAAAAAUGUGGGGCCCGGGAGGGGUUGCUUUCAUUCAUCCCAAAUCCAAUCAUCAGGAUGAAACCUACUUGUGCCUAUAUAGAAUUACGUUUGAGCAGUUCAAUGAUGUUUUGCACCAGGAAAAUAUCACUGGCUCCAUGGAUUUCCCUUUGUUAGAUCUAACGGGUUUGAGCUCUGUCCAAGAGAAAGGAUCCAUCACUUUGGAAGCUGUCAAGAGCGGUUGUUACCGGAAUGUCCUUUACUUGGGGAAGGUGCACGGUAUUCCCGUGCUGACUAUGACCUGCACGCUCUCAGAUGUUGAAGGCUUCAAGAGCGGGAAGUUCCCAUUACGCGCACCGAGCAGAGAAUACACCAACACGUUGGUGAGGGGCUUGGUUGAAGGCGGGCUCUUCUCGGAAGAGGAAGCCAAGGCUUACAUAGAUGAAGCUGCUUCGAAAUCGUUAUGAUCAUUCAUUGCUGCUGCUUAUAAACAUGCGAAAAGUCUCUUAAGGGAGGGUGAGCAUAUUGGCGCUUCGCUUUCUGGGUGAUCCAUAUAUAGUGAAAUUUCUAUGAUUUAUGGCUAUGGGACCAAAUGAGAGAUGUACAUAUAUUAUUUGUCUUAUUGACCUAUGACCCUUUGGGAACAUGUUGAUGACUUUCACGGGGUGUCAUGUAAAUACAAGGACCCGUUUAAUGGGUCAGGAAUUAAGUCGAGUCUAUACCUAUUAUGUUUC